AAAAAGAAGCAGAAAAUAACUCCAAAAACCAAAAGGAGUUAGAAGAAGAGAUCUUUUCUGCGGCAAUAAAAAGAAAAAAAACGAAGUAUUAAAACUGCCCAAUCACAGCGUUUCAUGAAAAGUGUUAGUAGUUGGGACUUUGAAGGGACGUGUGAGGUUCCAUUUCCAUUCCCAUUUUUGACUGUUUAUUUUUAUUUUAUUUUCUUUAAUUUUCCCCUUAAAGAAAAUCCCAAGACCCGUUGCACGUAAAUCUUACAGCCUCUCUGGUUUCGUUCAUUCCUGGAAGAAGACCCAGUUUUAAGCCAUUAAUUCCACUGUCGCUAUCAGACAGACUAUCGUUUCUAGAGCAUCGAAUAUUCAGUUGACUUUCUUGGGAAAACCCAUUUGGGCUGUCAACCUCUCUCGUGCGUUGCCACCCUCUUCCUUUCUUUAAGAACGCCAUAGUGAGAAUGCGCAUAUUCUUCUUUUCUGGUUUAUGAUUUGGGGUAUGCCAGAUUGAUGCGAUUUCAGAAAUGACUCUAACGAACCAAGACGGGAAGAAGAAGUCAUUCAUUCGGAAUAUCUUUGCCAGAAGGGAGAGAAAUGAUAGGGAAAUGAAUAAAGGCACAUUUGAUUUCCCUGAAGCAGAGUCUGAUCCAAGGCUUAAAAGUCUAGUUUUUACUGGCACAGGACAUUCGAUGCCUCUUAGUCAAGACGUUCAGACUUUUAGAGUCUUUGUAGCAACAUGGAAUGUAGGUGGGAAAUCUCCCAAUAGCGACCUUAAUCUGGAUGAUAUUCUUCACGCAGAUCAAUCAGAUAUAUAUAUCUUGGGUUUUCAGGAAAUUGUUCCUUUAAAUGCUGGAAAUGUCCUAGUCAUAGAAGAUAAUGAGCCUGCAGCGAAAUGGUUAGCCCUGAUUAAUCAGUCACUUAACAAAUCACCGGAGGUGGCAUCAAGAGGAUUAAAACCCACUUUAUCCCUUGGUAGUUCCUUGUUCUUCUCAAAGUAUUCCCUUAAAAAGAUCAGUAAGACUUUUAGGACAGAGAGCGGAAGGAGGCUGAAGGCUUGCAACUGCAAUCUUGAAUUAGAAAGGAAGCAGAGUAAGGAUCUCUGUUUUCGAUGCCAACAAUCGCAUAUAAGCGAAGAUGACUUUUCUUCAGAAGAGGAUGAUGAUGUACCUAAUGGAAUUGACAUUGCGGAAAUUCCUUUUCCCUCAAGUACCAACCAGAUGAAUUACAGUCUUGUAGCCAGUAAACAAAUGGUGGGAAUUUUUGUCACUGUUUGGGCAAGGAAGGAGCUUGUACAGCAUAUAGGCCACUUGAGGAUCUCCUGCAUUAGUCGUGGGAUUAUGGGCUGCCUUGGAAACAAGGGGUGUAUUUCUGUGAGCAUGUCAUUCCAUCAGACAAGCUUUUGCUUUGUCUGCAGCCACUUGGCAUCUGGAGAGAAGGAGGGGGAUGAACUGAGAAGAAAUAUGGAUGUCAUUGAGAUAUUGAAAAACACUCAGUUUCCAAAUAUCUGCAGAUCAGUUCACAGUAGGGUGCCAGAGAAAAUCCUUGAACAUGAUCGGGUCAUUUGGUUAGGGGACUUGAAUUACCGAAUAGCUUUGAGUUACUCGGACACAAGAAAGCUCCUGGAGGAGAAUGCCUGGGAUGCACUUCUGGACAAAGAUCAGCUAAAAAUUGAAAGAGAAGCAGGGAGAGUAUUCAAGGGAUGGAAAGAGGGUAAGAUCUACUUUGCCCCCACGUACAAAUACUCUUGCAAUUCAGACACCUAUGCUGGAGAGACGAAAAAAUCAAAAAAGAAAAGGAGAACUCCUGCUUGGUGUGACAGAAUACUAUGGCAUGGAACUGGGAUGCAGCUGCUUUCUUACAUACGUGGGGAGUCCAAGUUUUCUGAUCACCGGCCUGUUUGUGCAACAUUUUUGGUGGAUGUUGAUGUUGUAUCAGGUGGACUAAAUAAGGGAUUAUCUGGCUCUAACAUGAAAGUUAGGAUUGAAGAGCUUUUAUCUCCAACUAGAAAUCUAUUCAUUGAAUAAGGUGCAAUUUCCCGCACAAAGUAUUAUGAUUUUAGUUCCGUUUAGUGGUGACUUUAAGGAGGGGUACCCCAAUAUCGAGAAAAAGCAUGGAGAGGCCCUAUAGGUAAAGAAAAAGGAGUGCGCGUUUCUUGGUGUCUUUUGUGGGUUCUAAUCCUUAUCAUGGAGAUGGAGCCUGUUUUGUGAGAUCAUUAGAAUUAUAUAGCAUGGUUUAGUUAGUUUCAGAUCUUUCAAUUCGUGUUAGGAAUGUUGUUUGAUUGUUUCUCAUAUAUAUCAUCAGGUACCGGUGCACUUAACACAGUCAUCAAAAGAUUGAAGUAACAUUCUAAUUUUGUUUAUCAUGUGAGAUUAAGUAGGAAGAAAAGCAUAGAGAUUGGUGCGGAAUCAUUGCAAGUUGGGCAACCUGUACAGCAUUUUGGAACUGUGCUAGUGUAAAUAGCUCUUCGAUAAGCAACAUAUUUAUUGAGAAAUGCACCUGAGUAUUAGUGAUUCUGUAUUUUGACACUUGAGAGGCAAAUGGUUGGUGAUGCUUGUGUAUCGGAGAGAUUACACUUUAUGCCUCAUUAUAUUUGUUAUGUAACUUCAGUUAUAUCUUAAUGGCAGACAUGGGAUAAAAGCUUCAAGGAGGUUUUCAUCCAUUUGCAUUGCAUUUCAGAUAUGAAAAAAAAGAAAAAAAAAAAAAAAAGGAUGCAUAUAUGCUGCUAGCUUGUGCAACUCAAAAUUCAAAUGCUUGUCCUCACCUGGUUUGAUUUUAGAUUCACAAGUAUUGACUGGACCUGAUCUGUGUUGAACCGUUAUUAAUUGUAAAUACAAUAUGUUCAUUGUCAGAGUGAGAGUACAAUAAGAAUCUGCUCAAUUUAAAUAAGGAUGACACUUUGAAUCGAAUCAUAGGUGAACAUAACCGAGUAUUGAUUAUUUUAUGAAUGAGAGCAUUUAGUUUCAAAGUUCUCUGUCACUUGCAAGUUGGACUAGUCAGAUUAUUAUUUAUUUAUUGUUCCCUGUCAAAUUUUUUUGUUGUUCCUGCGUCAUUCACCAUAUCUUGGUAUGCCAUUUUAAUGGUUGUAAAUUAGUUAGGAGGUAGAAUCCAAAGUAGACAACCAACCAUUUGUAACUAAAUCACGUGCAUUAUCACAUGAUUGAUUGUAAUGUAAACCAAUCUCUGGGAAUAUAGCUUUGGAAAUUGGAAGCUGCAAUAAUCAAAGAUUCAUCACAUGACAAACCUGCACUAAUCUCAGUUUUUAAUUAAUAAGAAUUCCUCGAUCCUAAGAAAUUAUCUUGGAAGGCUUUAUUAGAAGUUGCCUCAACUCAUCAUUUCCCCAAGCAUCAGCAAGAAGAUAUCCUCUAGAGUCUGCAAAUCAUGACAUCCUACUUCAAAUCAUUGAGUACAGUAAUCUUUGCCAUUACAUUGAUGUUUUCACUUGCAGUUAACAUGGCUCAAGCCAGGGUUCAUCCAUCUUCUAUGUCUUCAACAUUGCCUUCAUCUUCUCGAGACCUCCUACAUUCACACUCGGAACAGAAGAAUCCGAGUACAACUGGCCGGCCCAUGGUUGACAGUCUUCGUAGAAUACCUCCUAGUGGUCCCAAUCCCACGCAGAACAAGUGGCCCAGGCCAAAGCCUCGGACAAUAGGCUGAAGACUUACAGUAGCUUGAAUCUGUCAAGGCUUAGAUAUGGGUCUGAAAGAUAUAAUAUGCACUUAUUUUUUUAUAUUCAGUUAUGUUAGUUUAGAAGUAGGCUAGCUAUCUGUGUCUAUCUAUCUAUAACUACUUUUACUAGGCGAAAUAUAAGAUUAGGAACAACAGAAAGAACAAUGCAAAAUGACAUUAUCUUCAAAAGCAAUGCAGCUAGCUAGCUAGGAACAACUGGUUUUGAUUUGAUGCUUUGUAAGAUUGCUUGUAGUCAUGUAGGUACGCAGCUUAUUGUGCUUCAGAGUUUUUGUAACUUGAAAAAGUUAUCUAUUCAUGAUUCAUCAUCUAAUGUAAUCAGCAAUAUGUUUAGUUUCUGAAAAGUUCGUCAGGAAGUUGCCAA